AAGUUAGUAAUAUUCGACCAAUAUGAGGGUUAAUUAGGGAUUUACAUCUCCUCUUUUGCGAUUGCUGGCCUCAAUUCAAAUUGCUGAUAAACUCUUACAAUUGGAUUUGUUGAUUAACGAUUUUUCUCUGCAAUUGAUAAUUAUAUAGUUACACUUCGCCGGAAACCUAAGGCUAAAAUUCCUCUAAAACCCUACAUUUCUAUCAUCUUAAAAUCUUCUCUCUCUCUCUCGCUCGCUCUCGCUCUCAUCCAUAUCAUGGCUGAACUUGAUCAGAAUCACGAGGGUGAACAAGCUCAUGGACAAGAAUAUGAACCUGAACAAGAAGUUGUGCAUGAACAUGAAAAUGAAGUGGAGCAUGAAAAUGAAGUGGGACAUGAAAAUGAAGUGGAACAUGAAAAUGUAGUGGAACGUGAAAUUGUAGUGGAACUUGAAAAUGUAGCGGAACGUGAAAUUGUAGUGGAACAUGAGCAUGAAAAUGAAAAAGAAAUUGCACCAGAAGAUGUGAUAUCAGAGAACUCACAUCCCGAUGCAAAACAGGACCACGCAGAUGAACCAGUUGCUGGAGGUGGUGAAAGAUGGCCCGGUUGGCCAGGAGAGAGUAUUUUCCGGAUGUUGGUACCAGCACAGAAGGUUGGUAGUAUAAUUGGACGCAAAGGAGAGUAUAUAAAGAAAACAUGUGAAGAGACAAAAGCUCGGAUUAAGAUUCUUGAUGGUCCUCCAGGAACAAGAGAAAGAGCUGUAAUGGUGUCUGCCAAGGAAGAGCCUGAUGCUCCCCUUCCUCCUGCUGUAGAUGCUCUGCUCAGGGUUCUUAGACGUGUUGUGGAUGGACUGGAUAAUGAUUCCUCUGAACCACCAUCAGGUUCAGGAGGAAAGGUCUCAAUAAAGUUGCUCGUACCAGCCCCUCAAGCGGGAAGUUUGAUUGGGAAACAAGGCGCAACUGUCAAAUCCAUUCAAGAAGAGUCUAAUUGCAUCGUUAGAGUUCUUGGAUCAGACCUACCUGUUUUUGCUCUUCAAGAUGAUAGAGUAGUAGAGGUGGUAGGGGAGCCUGCAGGAACACAGAAGGCUAUUGGAUUAAUUGCUUCUCAUUUGAGAAAAUUUUUAGUUGAUCGGAGCAUAAUAUCAAUAAUCGAAAUGCAAAUGCAAACGCCUAAUCCGCAGAUGGAUCAUAUGCCUCCUCCGCAGAACUGGGGUCCACCUCCCCAAUCUUAUCCUCAACAUGGACAUGGAGGCCCUGGAUAUGGAACUACCCCUCAUUUUAUGCCUCCUCAACAGUUUGACAAUUAUUAUCCCCCUACUGACAUGCCACGUUCAACAGAAAAACCACCUCAUCAAGGUAUAUCUGCCUAUGGUAGAGAAGCUCCGGGGCAAAUGCAUUCAUCAUCCAGCCAGGCAGCUCCAUCUGUAAUCACUCAGGUCACGCAGCAAAUGCAAAUUCCUCUCUCUUAUGCUGAUGCUGUAAUCGGUACACAAGGUGCCAGUAUAAGUUACAUCCGGCGGGUUAGUGGUGCUACCGUUGCCAUUCAAGAAACAAGGGGUCUUCCAGGGGAGAUGACAGUUGAGAUUAGUGGCACUGCUUCUCAAGUCCAAACUGCUCAGCAACUGAUUCAGAAUUUCAUGGCUGAAGCUGCAGGCGCAGCGGCUCAAACACAACACGCCCCCCCUGCAGCAGAGCAGCACGCGUACAACUCUUAUGGAGCGCAUGGCUCUGUAUACGCAUCAAAUGCUUCGAAUCCUAGCCAGGGCGGGCAAUCGGGAGGCGGCUACGGCCCAGUUUACGGCAACAACUAUGGCUAUUGAGUUAGAGAAGCUUACUGUUUUUCCAUGUUGUAAGAGAAAUUAGGAAAGAACUGCUGAUUUUCUCAUUAUCAAGCCGUCUCAGUUUCGACUGUGACUCACUGCUUUCUGUUACAUAUAUUUCUUUAGUUUCAGCCAUGGAUCAUAAACUAUUAGCUCUAAUUUGAAAUAUUCAUAAACCAAAUUUCUGUCUAAAA